GUCUGGGAGACACGCGACAGGAACCCGGCGCCCAGCGCGGUGGCCGCAGGAACCCGAGCGAGACUCUGCGGCCCGGGCAGUGCCCCCAGCCCCGAGCGCCAAGUCUAUCCCGGCGCCCUGGCACCGGGAGGGGAGGAAGGGGUGCCAAGAUGCCGGGGGUUCGAGCGCCCUUCUCGGAUGGAGGAGCCUAUUCUCAACACCCUAGCCGGUGUAUGGCCUGGAUCCCUGUUGCAGCCUAAACGGAAAGCUUUGUUUUCCCUGGAAAUGGACGUUCUCAGCGCGCCCUCUAGUGGAUUUAGGAGCUAACUGAUUGUGAGUUCCUAGUGAUGGCAAUGAUUCUCACGCCACGCCCCAGAUCUUACCCCUCCAACGAGACCCUGCGCGAACAUUACAGCUAUGUGGGCAAGCUGGAGGAGAGGCUGAAGGGCGCUUCCGAGGGCGGCACGCUCACCACCGCCCUGUUCUUGAUCAUCUGCAGCUUCAUUGUCUUGGAGAACCUGAUGGUCUUGAUUGCCAUCUGGAAAAACAAUAAAUUCCACAACCGCAUGUACUUUUUCAUUGGUAACCUGGCCCUCUGCGACCUGCUGGCCGGCAUAGCCUACAAGGUCAACAUUCUGAUGUCGGGCAAGAGGACGCUGAGCCUCUCCCUGACGGUCUGGUUCCUACGGGAAGGCAGCAUGUUUGUGGCCCUUGGGGCGUCCACCUGUAGCCUGCUGGCCAUUGCUAUUGAGAGACACUUGACCAUGAUCAAAAUGAGGCCAUACGAUGCCAACAAGAAGCACCGUGUCUUUCUUCUGAUCGGAAUGUGCUGGCUCAUCGCCUUCUCGCUGGGCGCCUUACCCAUCCUGGGCUGGAACUGCCUGCACAACCUCCCCGACUGCUCCACCAUCCUGCCCCUCUACUCCAAGAAGUACAUCGCGUUCUGCAUCAGCAUCUUCAUAGCCAUCCUGGUGACCAUCGUGAUCCUGUACGCACGCAUCUACUUCCUGGUAAAGUCCAGCAGCCGCAGGGUGGCCAGCCCGCACAACUCAGAGCGGUCCAUGGCCCUGCUGCGGACCGUGGUGAUCGUGGUGAGCGUGUUCAUCGCCUGCUGGUCUCCACUCUUCAUCCUCUUCCUCGUGGACGUGGCCUGCAAGGUGAAGGAGUGCGCUGUUCUGUUCAAGGCCCAGUGGUUCAUCCUGCUGGCCGUGCUCAACUCCGCCAUGAACCCCGUCAUCUACACGCUGGCCAGCAAGGAGAUGCGGCGGGCCUUCUUCCGACUUGUCUGCACCUGCCUGGUCAGGGGCCGGGGCGCCCACUCCUCACCCAUCCAGCCCGCUCUCGAUCCAAGCAGAAGCAAAUCCAGCGGCAGCAACAACAGCAGCCCUUCCCCGAAAAGCAAGGAAAACCUCCCCCAAACGGCCGCCUCGCCCUGCAUCACCGACAGAAACAAAACCCUGCAGAACGGAGUCAUCUACAAGUGAGGGUGCGGGCCUCAAGGAACCUGGGGUCCUUGCAUCGCCACAGGAACAGCGGCAACCAACCCUGCAGCCACGUUCUUCUGGAUUGCAUGCCCCAUCCAUGGGGGUAUUUCCAGAGCUGGGACUCGAGAAAGCUGUUCUGCCAACAGCUGGCCUGGCUGGUGUGGAUGUCUCUUAAGGAGGGCACCCAAGGAAUUGCUGAUGCAUUUCAUUGCAGACAUCGUGCCUUGUCCAUUUAGGCUCUAGGGUCUUCCAAAUGUACCAAGCUGCUGAUGUCAUCAGCCGCCUUCCCCUGAAUCCUCCCUCCCCCCUGGCCUCUGCCUGGAGAGGGAAGGUGUUGGACCACACACACUGUGCAGUGUGUUUCCCAGGAACAUCAUCAUCCCAGGAUGAUGUUCGGUGACUACACUACAUUGACUGUGCACAGAUGGAGGCUGUAUAGUCAUCGUUCCAGUGUUACAGGGCGCUUGCGUUUCAAAUGUCUGCCACUGGCGCAUGUGUAAGCUGAGGUACAUGGUGUCCUUAUGUAACAGGAGUACAAGUAAGUUCCGGCUGAACCAGCGAGUUUGAGGAUGUGACCAGGAACUAGUUGGACAGGCCAGUCGCAGUCUCUUCAGACUGACACAAAGUGUCAUGUUAAGCAGGUCUUGAGAGCGCAGCCCCUCUAAAAGGGCUUGUCCAAGGCUGGUCUCAGAUGUAAGCAUCUGACCUCCAACUGUCCUGAGAUGCCCUUGACAGCGUCUGGAGGAUCCAGGAGGGAACGAGUGAGUUCUGUGGACGUACGUCCCCCAAGGGGACCCCUGCUUGUCUUUUCGUCAUUUCUCCCUGAGGAGUCUUAAGCUCAUCCAAAAGUCAAAUUAGCCAAAUUACCCAACUGUUUGGGGUUUCUCCAAAUCCUAGAAAAGCCAGCCAAGGUAUUCCAGGAGCCUAUGCCCCACACCAAUCAAGAAAAGAAUCCAAGAGGGAGAAGCAGAGGACAGACCCCUGGCCCAUUUCACCUUUCCAACGUAAUGGGGAGUUUCUGUUGAAUUUGAAGAUGCUUACAGGACAGCACUGUGAUCCUGUGUUGAGUUUGAAUCUGUAUCGGAAAAAUACCAAGUUAGUUAACCCCCCUAUGCUGUUACAGCUGAGCAGCUGGGGCUGUCCACAGCCCCGUGGAUUCCUGAAAGCUGACCCUGACCGCGACCAUUAGAGCAGUUUAAUUGUGAUCUGGCAGUUUGUGUUUUCUUCAAAGAGAUGUAGCAAUACUGUAAUCUUUCAUUUUAACACAGGCUGACCCUGUAUCACUCUUUAUCUUUAGAAGGAAUUACUUAGAAGGCAUUUUUGUACACAGUCAUCCCCAAGGAUUCUUCAUGAAGUACAAAUGGAUGAAAAAUAUACAAAUUUGCAGAACUGUCAUAAGUAUAUAGUUGAUGUACUGAGUCUUUUGUUUUUUAAAAAGAUAAGAAGGAACCUUCAAGGAUUACCUUCAAAAGGUAAGCCUCACUUCAAAACCCCUGAAGUUUUUAGGUUCAGUGGGAAUUUUGCCUGAGUAAAGACUAAAAAAGUAGUCUUAACACAUAAAUAACUUUUCAGAGAAAAAGUGACUCCUCUUUGUAAUCUCAUGCCAGUUCCUCUUAAUUAAGGUACAUUUACCUGGGUCCUGGGUGACCAUGUACCACCCAACAUCUUUCUUAAUUUUUGUUGCUGAUGGAGAUAAAUCCUGUUUGCAAGGACAUGCUCAUCAGUGGCAUUUUAAUUGUUUUCAUUGCAUCACUGAAAAGGAGCUUAUUCUCUUGUCAAACAGCCUGAGAAAACCCAGAGCAUUUAUAGAAAAGUUAAGCAUUAAGAUCCUGGGUUAAGAAAAUAACAACAAAAUUGACUCAGAGAGCCAAAAUAUUGAGUAUUGCAUUUUGUUUUCAGUGGUAAAAUGACUUAAGAACUUUAUAUAUUAGUUCUGAGUUGCUUGGGGGCUCCAGCUCUCUGGCACUAAAAGUAAUAUAACACUGCACCAUAACCUCGACUUUUUUUUUGAGGGAGCAUAACACUUUCAAUCAAUCUGAAUGAAAAAUACUCCAAAACAGUCAUUGUGUCUGUUUGAUAUAUGCAAAAAAAAAUAAUAAUAAUCAAAUUUAGCACCAAGUGUCGGAGAAGGAGAUGGCAACCCACUCGCGUAAUCCUGCCUAGGAAAUCCCAUGGACAGAAGAGCCUUGUGGGCUACAGUCCAUGAAGUGGCAAAGAGCUUACACGACCCAGUGACUGAACAACAAAAAGUACCAACUAUACAAUCCUAACCAGCUAGCUGAUCAUUUAGAAGUUGAGUAUGUCAAAGUCACAGAGAACCUGUGUUAGCGUUCAUUCAGUUAGUAACCUUCAUCGAAUCCCAUGUAUGGUUGUUAAAAAAAAAUAAAAUAAAAUGAAAGCCUUU